UCUCUAGUCCAUCAAUCUCCUUCCUCCAACCAACACAACACCCGAUCAACUAGUAGAGGCACAGCAGACAGAGGGUUACGAGAGCGUACGGUGUCAGGUCAAGAAUGGCGGCGUCAGGGAGCGCUCAGAGCCGACGGUUCGCCGUAGCGUGCGGCGUCCUCAGCCGCGGCAUCAAGGCGGCGGACGCGCGGCCGGCGGCCACGGUGGUCCUCCCCCUCAUGCCCGGAGCCGAAGUGCCCGCGCAAGAUGAGCAUGCGGCGGGUCCUGCGCCGGCGAGCGCGCAGAUGACCAUCUUGUACGGCGGGCAGGUGCUGGUGCUGGACGAGGUCCCGGUUGACAGGGCGGCCGAGCUGCUCCGUGUCGCUGCCGCAGCAGGCACCACGCGAGGGAACGGCGACCUGCCCAUGGCGAGGAAGGCGUCGCUGCAGCGGUUCAUGGAGAAGCGCAAGGGAAGGGUCGCCGCGCGCGCCGUCCCCUACAGCCGGCCCGACGGCGACACGGCCUCCUGUAAUCGUCUCACGCUUACGCUCUGAUUCGUGUUCAUGAUGCGUAGUAGAGUAGCCCGAGUAAUUUACGGUCCAAGCAAAUGUGUGGCUGCUGUUGGAGUCCAAAUUGUUGAUCUGAACUAUUAUGAUCAGUAACUAUACAUGUUGUUGUACUGAUGAUGAUCAUGGCGAAUUGGCGAGGUUGUUGUUGUACUGA